AUGAAGCAGAAGGCGGGCGACAUGAUGUCCGCGGCGAAGGAGAAGAUGGCGGAGGUCAGCGCGAAAACCGGCGAAGCCGUCGCGAAGGGCAAGGCGGAGGUUCAGGAGAGCAUGGACAAGGCGCGCCAUCCGACGAGCCGGGAGGCGCGCGCGAUUGCGGACGCGAAGGAGGCGCAGCGGAAGGAGCACGCGGAGCUGGAGAAGGAGCGCAAGAUCGCGGGCGCGAUGGAGAGGGAAGCCGCGGAGAAGGAGGCGCGCCACGAGAAGCACGGCUGCCGCUGGCGGGGGUAUCCGCUGGCGGUGGUAUCCGCUGGCGGUGGUAUCCGCUGGCGGUGGUAUCCGCUGGCGGUGGUAUCCGCUGGCGGUGGUCCGCUGGCGGUGGUCCGCUGGCGGUGGUUUCCGCUGGCGGUGGUAUCCGCUGGCGGUGGUAUCCGCUGGCGGUGGUAUCCGCUGGCGGUGGUAUCCGCUGGCGGUGGUAUCCGCUGGCGGUGGUAUCCGCUGGCGGUGGUAUCCGCUGGCGGUGGUCCGCUGGCGGUGGUAUCCGCUGGCGGUGGUAUCCGCUGGCGGUGGUAUCCGCUGACGGUGGUAUCCGCUGGCGGUGGUAUCCGCUGGCGGUGGUCCGCUGGCGGUGGUUUCCGCUGGCGGUGGUAUCUGCUGGCGAUAGCAUGGGCAGGCACCUACGGUAUGUCAGCUAUAGUACGGUAG